UAACGUGCGUCCGAAAGCUAAAGAGUUGUGAACGGAGCUGAGGUCCGGCAGCCACUGAUAAGAUUUCAAUAAAAUAAAUAUUAAAAAAAAUGUGCUUUUAAGAUGUUAACGGCCGAUCAAUUCGAAUCGCGAUAAAAAUGAUAAGAUUAUAUUUUAUAUUAUAUGUUUUUAUAACAUUAAUCCAAUGCAACAUCGCGAAAAGCAUUCUUGUCCAAGAGAUUACAAAAUGGACAUUGAGGAAUGAAAGCUCCUCCAUAGAGAUUGAGGUGCCACGACUACCAAGCGGCGUUUAUACAGCGCUCAAGGAAACCUAUGGAGACCUGCUGGACCCGGGAAAUGAUGUCGCCUUACGGUGGAUAGCAAACCAGUCAUGGACCUACAGCGCCAGAUUCAACAGCGCCGAAGUGGGCUUCGACAGCCAGGUGAACCUGACGCUCUACGGAAUUGAUACCGUGUCCAAGGUGCAUUUGAACGGAGCGCUCCUUGGGGAGACGGACAACAUGUUCGUUCGGUACUCGUUCGCCGUUGGCCACCUCCUGCUGCCCAGCCCCAGCCAAAACCUUCUGGAAAUCGAGAUCCUCUCGCCACUGCAGGAGGCAAGCAGGCGCGCCCGGGAACUUGAGGAGCUGGGCGUGAUCACCGGACCUGCCAGCUGCCCAAACGCUCGAGGCGAUGUCGAGUGCCAUCGGAACCACUUACGUAAGAUGCAAAUGAGCUUCGGCGGCGAGUGGAACCCAGCAGCACUCUCCUCAGGCAUUUGGAAGCCAGUCGUGGUCGAGUACUACGCAUUGGCCGUGUUACGUGAUAUCGAUGUGGCCAUCGUCCGGAACGACACUCACUGGACGAUGGAUUGCCGAGCCUUCCUUAGCACACCAGCGACGGAAGACUUUUAUGCCCAACUGGUGGUUUAUGCCAAUGACCUUUUGGACGAACGCUACGUCCUUGAAAAGCAAAGGGUGUCCUGCGCGUCGCCUGUGUUAGAGUUCAAAAUACACAUACCUAAAGACCGAGUCACCUUGUGGUGGCCCAAUGGCUACGGCAAACAAAAACUCUACCCAGUGCUUUUUUCAGUAAAGUGCUAUGCCAGCGAAGACGGUGCUUCUCUAAGCUCGCGUACAGAGUCCCAGAAGCUCCUAAAGGUUGGAUUUCGCACGAUAGAGCUGGUAGAGGAUAAAGACCACGUUGGCAGGACUUUCUUUUUUCGGGUUAACGGACACCCAAUCUUCAUGAAGGGAGCCAACUAUGUGCCUGUCCACGCUCUUCCAGAGUUGUCAGCUGAUGCGGAUGCGUUGGAGUUUUUGCUUAAAGCGGCUCAUGAGGCCAACAUGAACAUGAUUCGCGUUUGGGGGGGCGGACUGUACGAGUCGGAGACCUUCUACGACUUGGCGGACUUUUACGGGCUUCUAGUGUGGCAGGACAUGGCCUUCUCCCAAGCAGCCUACCCUCUGGAAAGUGACUUCGUGUCCUCGGUCUGCGUGGAGACGGUGCAGAACGCCCAGCGCCUCUCAUAUCACCCCAGUUUGUCCCUGAUCGUGACCAACAACGAGGUCGAGCUUUUCCUGGCAACCAACAAAUCCGAUUUCGGGGAAAACGCCACACGAAUGGAGAGUGACUAUAAAUCAUUGUUUAUUGGCACGAUACUGCAAGAGCUCAAAGUUAUCGCCAGAGACGAUUUCAGUCCACGGCCUGGCCCCAUGAUCUCCACCCCUUCAAUGGGCAUCGCCGAGUCCAGCCAAGAUCUGGACCUGCAAAGUCCAAACUUUGGUGACGUGCACUUUUGGAGCGACAAAGACGCCUUUAGCCCUGAGACGUAUCCCCACGCCCGUUUUGUUUCGGAGUUCGGCUACGCCAGUCUGCCAAUAAUGUCAUCGUGGAAGCGGGCACUAGGAGAUGGUGCCGAAGGAAGCAACGAAGAAAUUGCAAUGCUCAUUCGGAGCCGGCAGCACGAUCCCAAGGGAUUCAUACCUAUGCUGCAACUUAUAGCCUAUCAACUACCGUUUGUUCCCCAGAAUUGGGACGAGAAUAUCGAGAAAUUUGUUUAUUUUAGCCAGGUGGCUCAGGCCAUGGCUACCAAAACAGGCGUCGAAGUGUUCCGUAGUCUGCGCACCGGAAACCAUACUAUGGGUGCGCUUAUUUGGCAGCUCAACGAUGUUUGGGUGGCCCCCACGUGGUCCUGCAUCGACUUCUAUGGAAACUUUAAGAUAGUUUACUACUGGGCCAGGGAUUUCCUGGCACCAACGAGUGUAAUCGCGCUCUACGAUAGCAGCACAGAUAGCCUUAACAUCACGCUAACCAGGGAGGACUUCUCGGAGCAUAGAGACUCGCAGUUGUACUAUGUGCUGGUUAACACGUAUCUAUGGUCGGGCUUGGUGGCUAAAAAAACCAUAGCCCGCGCAUUUGGACUGGGGUCCAACGACCUUGAGGUGCGCCCAGUGCCCCUGGAGUAUUUGCUGUACGAGAACCAUUCGAAGGAAGAAGUUUUUAUGGAGAUCGUCCUGCAGGACCAAAGUGGCGAGACCGUGGCAAAAAACUUCUUUUAUCCGGUGCCACUGAAGAAUAUUAUCGGCAUAAAAGAUCCUCAGUUGACACUCGAGGUUUCUGGCCAGGACUGCAAAACGGCAACUUCUCCGUACACCAAUAGCUUCAGUCUGCGCAUUACGGUGAAAUCUCCCGCCUUAUUUGUAUACCUCGAGCUGUCCCACCCUGAUUAUAUCCAAGAGCGGCACAAGUUUUCAACAAAUGGAUUUACCCAGAUCCAGCCUAAAAAAACUAUACACUUGGUGUUUGAGAACGACUCGGAAUGCAUGACGUUAACUACCAGUCAUAUAAGAGUGCAAACCAUUAAUCAGUAUUUAACAUGAAAUAUCUUUUUACUAUGUGUGUCUCAAAAUAAAAUGUAAACAGUCAUA